UGGCCAUAAUAAGCGGGUGCCGAAGCCUGUAGGAACUUUACCCUUUCACCUUUGAAUUAGCCAAUGAACUUUCAACCUCCAAAGCCUCUGUGAAUUGUUUUGCCCUGCUGAGCUGUACAGUCGAUGGAGUGCACCUCAACAUCAGCUGGCUCAAUCAAUCAAAUGAGUCGCUCUUGCAAGGAUGGGAUGGCAAUAACCCUGCAGAGAUAAUCCUCCCCUCCAUAAGACAAUUACCUUAUGACAACAACAAUACCCGGAGAUGGUGCAUCUGACGUUACCUUAAUGCGACGUAUAAUAAUUGAACAAAAUGGCGACCUACUGUUUAACUGUCACCCGGCUGCAGCAUGCCCUGGGGCAGGGCGUGAGACGGCUCCAUGUGUCUGCAGCCUUCAGAGCCAAGGCCCAGGUGACCAUGAGCCGCUUUGAGCCCAGCUCCCACAUCAACUAUGACAAGCUGGUGUCCAACGUCAACAUUGUGCGCAAGAGACUCAACCGGCCGCUCACCCUGUCGGAGAAGAUCGUGUACGGGCACCUGGACGACCCGGCGGGGCAGGACAUCGCGCGCGGGCGCACGUACCUGCGGCUGCGGCCGGACCGCGUGGCCAUGCAGGACGCCACGGCGCAGAUGGCCAUGCUGCAGUUCAUCAGCAGCGGCCUGCCCCGGGUGGCCGUGCCCUCCACCAUCCACUGCGACCACCUGAUAGAGGCCCAGAUCGGCGGGGCCCAGGACCUGCAGAGGGCCAAGGAAGUGAAUCAGGAGGUGUAUAACUUCCUGGCUAGCGCUGGAGCCAAAUACGGAGUGGGCUUCUGGAAACCAGGUUCCGGAAUCAUCCAUCAGAUCAUCCUGGAGAACUAUGCGUAUCCCGGGGUCAUGCUGAUUGGCACAGACUCGCACACGCCCAACGGCGGCGGCCUGGGCUCCAUCUGCAUCGGGGUGGGCGGGGCCGACGCGGUCGACGUGAUGGCGGGAAUCCCCUGGGAGCUCAAGUGUCCCAACGUGAUCGGAGUGAAGCUGACGGGCUCCCUCUCGGGCUGGACCUCCCCGAAGGACGUCAUCCUGAAGGUGGCCGGGAUCCUGACGGUGAAGGGGGGCACUGGAGCCAUCGUGGAGUACCACGGGCCCGGGGUGGACUCCAUCUCCUGCACCGGAAUGGCCACUAUCUGUAACAUGGGAGCUGAAAUUGGAGCCACCACCUCUGUGUUCCCCUACAACCACCGCAUGAGGACCUACCUGCAGAAGACCGGCCGGGGGGACAUCGCCGCCCUGGCUGACGAGUACCAGGACGUGCUGGUGCCGGACCCUGGCUGCGAGUACGACCAGGUGAUCGAGCUCAACCUGAGCGAGCUGAAGCCCCACAUUAACGGGCCCUUCACCCCUGACCUGGCCCACCCCGUGUCCGACAUCGGCAGAGUGGCCGAGCAGAACGGAUGGCCCCUAGAGGUCAAAGUGGGUCUGAUUGGCAGCUGCACUAACUCCAGCUAUGAGGACAUGGGCCGGGCCGCCUCUGUAGCCCAGCAGGCCCUGGACCACGGGCUCAAGUGCCAGGCCCAGUUCACCGUCACGCCCGGGUCCGAGCAGAUCCGCGCCACCAUCGAGAGAGACGGCUACGCUAAGGUCCUGAGGGAGGUUGGGGGAGUGGUGCUGGCCAAUGCCUGUGGACCCUGCAUUGGACAGUGGGACAGGCGCGAUGUCAAGAAGGGAGAGAAGAACACGAUCGUUACGUCUUUCAACAGAAACUUCACCGCCAGGAAUGAUGCCAACCCAGCAACCCACGCCUUUGUCACCUCCCCUGAGAUUGUCACAGCCCUGGCCAUCGCCGGCUCCCUGAAAUUCAACCCGGAGACGGAUUACCUCACCGCCUCCAGCGGAGAGAAGUUCAAGCUGGUGCCGCCCACGGGAGACGAGCUGCCCGCCCGCGACUUCGACCCGGGACAGGACACCUACCAGCACCCGCCCGCCGACGGCGUCGCCCUGCGCGUGGACGUCAACCCCCAGAGCAACCGCCUGCAGCUGCUGGAGCCCUUCGACCAGUGGGACGGCAACGACCUGGAGGACCUGUACAUCCUCAUCAAGGUGAAAGGUAAAUGCACCACCGACCACAUCAGCGCCGCCGGGCCCUGGCUCAAGUUCCGCGGUCACCUGGACAACAUCUCCAACAACCUGCUGAUCGGGGCCGUCAACAUGGAGAACGACGCCGUCAACAGCAUCCGCAACCAGCUGACCGGCGAGUACGGGGGAGUCCCCGACGUGGCACGCGACUACAAGAAGCACGGUGUGCAGUGGGCUGUGGUCGGGGAUGAGAACUACGGCGAGGGCUCCAGCAGAGAGCACGCCGCCCUGGAGCCCCGACACCUGGGGGGCAGAGUCAUCAUCGUCAAGAGCUUCGCCCGGAUCCACGAGACGAACCUGAAGAAGCAGGGCCUGCUCCCCUUGACGUUCGCCGACCCCCAGGACUAUGAGAAGAUCCUCCCCAACGACAAGAUCUCCAUCGUGGGUCUGAAGAGUUUCGCCCCUGGAAAGCCCCUGACGGCGGUGAUCAAGCACGCCGACGGGAGGAAGGACACCGUCCAGCUGAACCACACCUUCAACCAGACGCAGAUCGAGUGGUUCCAGGCCGGCAGCGCCCUCAACAGGAUGAAGGAGCUGCAGCACUGAGGGGGGCGGGGCCAGAGCGGUGGGGGAGGGGCAGAGGCCAGCGCACGGCCGCGCCCCUCUCGGUCCUCGCCCCGCCUUUUUCGCCAUUUGGGACUGGUGUGCGCCCGGGCUAGGCGUUUGCUAACACACUCCUUCAGAUCUGAUUUGGGUGUUUCCACGUGUGCGUCACGUCAGGCGUCACAAUGCAAAAUAAUCCUUUUCAUGCACGCACGCACGCACACAUACACAGUCACACACUCACACGUGUGCACGCACGCUCACACACUCACGCAGGACAGACAGCAACGCACUGCGGUAAAUGCUAAGUUGAACUGUAGCGCAGAGGGACCCACGGCUGUGGCACACAGAGUGGCAGGUAUACAGGUGUACAGGGGCAGGUAUCACUGAGAACGCACUGACACUCCAGACCGCACUGUGCACACGCUGACCUCAUUCUGGUUUCCAUGGUGCCUGUCUCGUCACGGGUGCUGUAGUGGACUGUGCUCUAAACCGCUCUCUGGUUAGUGAGCCGUUGCACUCCUCUCCUGUAGUUAACGGUUAACACCUGGCCCUGCCAUUCUUUCGCCUAAUGUGUUUGUGUCCCCAUAAUGAUUUCCUCAAUACAGACGUGGUCUAGACGGGGAGUAGCUGGCUUGGAGGCUUUAUCUACACAAGCGUAUGAUUCUUAGGCUUAACCCAGCCUGCACACGCAAUGUCCGUUUCAUUACUGAAUCUUACAUAGGUCAAUUUUGCCUUGUUUUAGAAUGUUGUACUAUUUUCUUUGUUUUGCCCGAGACUGAAAUGUUGCUGUUUAAUCACAUGAACAUAUUUUGCCAGCGCUACUUGUUGGGUAUGAAAUAAUAUAUAUAUAUAUUUUUUUAUUAACUGUUAUUGCUAAUGAGUUGUGACCAGACCUCAGAUUCUCUCUCCACCUGUGUGUCUGGUCCGUUUUAAAAAGGGAAAAGACGCACUCUUCAUGGGGUUUUGUAUGGUCACUGUUUCUGCUGAAUGGGACCCUUCCUGCACAACAGUUUAGGGUUUCUCUGUUUCUAUGCAAUCGUACUCUCCCACAAGCAGUGGGACAAAGACGUUUGCGCUGCAUUGUGGGAGUUGCGGUUUACACACGACUCUGAUACCGCGACUGCAAAGAAAGGCCUGGGAGCCUGAAAAAUCUGCGCUGGCUCUGUACUACGAUGCAGAGGGAUCUUAUUCCCACCUGUUCAGUGUCUCGUACACCCCCACCACACACACACACACACACACCACACACUCCCGUCCACACAUCAAGCUCUUCACACACACUCUGCACUCCACGGUCACACUCCCAGCCCGUCUCUAAGGGCAGAAUCCUGUGCUACUGCAUAGCUGUGUUAAAAUGGUUCAUCUAUUGCUUAAGACAUUAAGGGUUAUGCAAUCACUCUGAAAAACCAAAGUUCACUUAAGUUCAGUACAAUUGUGGUAAUUCUCACCACCUUCUCUUUGUGAAUAUGACUAAUGGUAUAUGGUGUAGCAUUGUACUUGCCACAAAGGCAUUACAUGACAUGAUGUAUAUCUACCAGCUUUUGUUGCACGUAUGCAAGCAGUAGUGAUGUCCAGUUGGCAUUAAUAAGGGUUUUGACUGCAUCUUUAUAAAAAUAAAAAUAAAAACCUAUUGCUUCGCCUCAGCCAUUGUAAACUAGGGAAAAAAGCACUUUCUUUUUAAAAUGUCUGUUGUUCAUUAAACCAUUAAAAGAGUUGUCAUUUGGACUGCCGAGAACAGUUAACCAAAUAUCUGGACAUUUGCUAGCAUCCCAGACUAAUGAUUUGCGAGUGUGUUGUGGCUUUAAAGUCCUCUGCUCCCAUGUGCGUGUUGUGUGUGUGUGUGUGUGUGUGUGAGCCUGUGUGUGUAUGUGUGUUUGUGGCUUCUAACUGUACACGUUAAAGGGGAGGAGAGAAAAUGCUCCUGCUGGAGAUGUUGAUUAUGUGCGGCCUGUGCCAGUGUGUUUGCGCUGUACGUGUGGGAGUUCCUCCCGACUCCUGAAAAAGCCCCCUGCCUGUCUAUCUUUGUUUUACUCUCAUGCUUGGAUCUGAAGGUUGCUUGAGGAUAUUCUUUCUACUUUUUUAUCCUACGCACAAUCUGUUGUACGGAAGCUACAACACUAAUGCUUGGUAGUGCAGAGUAUAUAGUUAUACACAGUAGUGUACAAAGCAUUUUAUUUCUGUGUGUUCUAACGUGAGUUUGGUUCGUCUGUCCUGUUCUAUUUUCUCACUUUAUGCCUGCAGUUCUUGACGUGGUGUAUCUGUGUUGCUUUCCUGUAACUUACUGUACAGUAAAAUAUUUAUAGAGCUGCAAAGGUCUGAUGUGUUUUAAGUUUUUUUCCUCCCCUGUUGUAGGGAAAAGAUGUUUUUAACUGACCGAGCUGUGCGACAUGUAUAUAUAGUGGUUUGGAUGCUGUGUUCACCAGUCUUCCACUUCCUGGGGAGUGGUAGCCAAUGGAAAUGCACAGCAGGCUAGAGAAGAGGCAGGCUGAAAGGCCCAAACAGUGGCCUGUGUUUUUGUCACGUGCGUUUUGAACAUUUGCUGACUGAACUGAGGACACUGCUAGGAUGGGAGCGGAAUGUCAGGAGGUGAAGCUGGCCGGUCAGGAGUGUGUGAGUGACUCAGCUUUUCUAACAUCCUGCUGCUUCUGUGUGUGAGAUAUCGCUCGACUAAUUUUACCACUCCAUUUCUGCCGAGAGUUUCAUGAUUUGUUUCCAGAGAAAGCAUUGGCUGUGACACGUCUGUUUUCGUUUGAGCCACCCCCACCCCCCCACCCCCCAAGAUUUUGGAUAUUUGAACUCAGGCAGCAAAGUUUGAGUGGCCUCGGCCUCCGGGGCUCCUGCACUGGGCCCGUUUUGUUGUAGAAGCUGGUCAGUGCACGAGGUGUCGCGUGAUUGGGCUGAGCUGACGCCGCAGUUCAUCGGAGCCUCGUAUUGGUUCAGCUGUCACUCAGCCCGUGCUUGGUAUUGUAAAUGUGUCACCGGCUUGAUAUAAUAAACUGCUUCUCCGUGA